CAUAUUAUAGCCAUUAUGGUGGGGUGUGUAAUGGUGGGGCUAUUGUUGGUGCUUUGCCUCCGCAAACAGAAACGUAGGCCGGAAAAGCAGCAGAAACGUAGGCGGGGACCGCGUCUUCACAUAGCCAGAAAGAGGCAAGAAGAAAGUAAUAAGCUAGUGUUUUUCGAAAGUGGAGUUUAUGGUUUCCAAUUGGAGGAGUUGUUGAAUGCUUCAGUUGAAGUGUUGGGGAAAGGCAGCGUUGGGACAUCGUACAAGGCGAUGUUGGAGGAAGAGAUGACGGUGGUCGUAAAAGUGUUGAAAGACGUGGCGGUUAGUAAAAGAGAGAUGGAAAUACAGACGGAAAUUUUGGGUAGAGUUAUUAAGCAUGAAAGGUUGGUUCCGUUGAGGGCGUAUUAUUACUCAAGGGAUGAUAAAUUGCUGGUUUACGAUUUCAUGGCCGGUGGUAGCUUGUCUGCUCGUCUUCACGGUAGCAGACGUACUACUCCGUUGGAGUGGAACAAUCGGUUGAAAAUAGCGGUAAGCACGGGUAGGGGGCUAUCAUAUCUCCAUGUUUCCAACUUUGUCCACGGCAACAUCAAGUCCUCCAAUAUCCUUUUUGGACCGGACCAAGAAGCCUGUAUCUCGGACUACGGUCUCAUCCCGCUCUUUGCCAACCCCGCUCUGCCUAGUCGUCUUAGAGGCUACCUAGCACCUGAAGUGCUUGAAUUCCGCAGAGUUACCUUCAAGUCCGAUGUUUAUAGCUUUGGAGUGUUGUUACUAGGGUUAUUAACAGGUAAAUCACCUAACCACGCACCACUAGGGGCAGACGGGAUUAAUCUUCCUCGUUGGGUUCAGGCCACAGUUCGUGAGGAAUGGACCGCCGAGGUUUUCGACGCCGAGUUGUUGAGAUAUGACAACAUUGAGGAGGAAAUGGUGCAGCUGUUACAAAUUGCCAUGUGCUGUGUAUCGACGCUACCUAAUCAAAGCGUGAUUCGAAUGAUUGAAGAUGUGACUAGACAAGGAACAUAUGAUGGUCAUAACGCCUAGGUCUACCACACCUUAAGCAUAAUGCCCAGAAACAAAGCAAAAAUACUUGACUGUGCGAGCAAGGAUUGUCUCCAACUUUGUGUGUGUGUGUGUUUUGAAGAAUUAUUUUUUCUCU